GCCUUCACCAUUUUGAUGUUUGGAAUCAAGGACUCAGGAUCCUUGCCAAAGAGGAGUCUCCCAAGCUCAGCAUAAAUGCUGGAGGGGCUGCUGAUCUGACAGACCAUAGAACUUACUCAUGGCUGAACCCCAACUGGAUGUGAAGAAGCCCUCAGAGCUCGUACUUAAAGUCAGAAUUCAGAGCCACAAAGAAAAUGACUUCAUUGAAGUUGAACUGGAUAGACAAGAGCUGAGUUACCAAAAUCUACUGAAAGUAAGCUGCUGUGAACUGGGGAUUAACCCAGAGCAAGUAGAGAAGAUCAGAAAGCUACCAAACACAUUGCUCAGAAAGGACAAAGACAUUCGAAGACUACAGGACUUUCAGGAAGUAGAACUCAUUUUAAUGAAAGAUGGAAGCUCUGAACUGACAGAAUAUACACCAUCUCUGUUAGAGAAGCCCUGCUACAACAGCAAUGCUGCAAAAAUGACGUAUUAAAUUGCAGAAAUGAAAAACUGGAAUCAAUAUUUUGUAAAUAAUGAAGUCUGUCUGGAUGCACCUAACAGUUUGCUAACUUCAUGUAUGUACUUAUUUCCUUGUUUUGCAACUUCUCGA